GUGUUUACAUGACAACCCUGUUUAAGAGAGCCUCUCAGCGCGUCUGGUUUUCCUGUGACCUGUCCUUUGAAGACGGGGCGGUACAGCCGGGGGUGGGACUGUCGCAUUGUUAUUCUGAUUUAAGUUGCUAAAUUCUAGUUUUCAGCAUUGGAGUUAAAAAAAAUUGUAAAAAUUUAAAAAAUGAACGACAAAGCAAAAAAAACAAAGUAUAUUUCGGCAGAGGAUCGUGUCAAGAAAGUUCCUCGAGAAACUGGACACGCAGAUGGAGGCUACCAGUAUUACUCUCCAGACAGUGAGUCUCUCUGCUCCAGAGCAAGCUCACUUUCCUACAACAGAGCUCUGUACCCCCUUGGAGCUCAAGGGGAGCACUCUGCCAGAGACGAGACAGGAGAGGGGGUGAAGGCGCUGAGAGAACUGCCCCUCCACCUGGCCCAAAAACGUGUCCUGAGUAAGGUCAGUCAAAUGAAGAUUCCUGUAGUCACUACAUGGCAGUCGUGGAAGCUGAGCAAAGCCAAGUCAAUGAAGAGGUUUGGAGAGGGAGUCCAAGAGGCUUCCCUUUACCUCAAGCUGUGGAGGAAAGCCUUGCUGAAAAUCGGAGGUAAUUUUGGAAGUGGUAUCCAAUCCUAUUUUGUCUUCCUCCGGUUUCUGGUGCUGCUAAACUUUGUGACGUUCCUGCUGAUCGGAGCUUUUGUGGUGAUUCCCAACAUCGUGUUCAGAACUCUGAAUCUGACCUCUAUCGAGACGGGGAGCAAUGCAUCAGGUAAGAAAACCCCAUACCCCUCUCCUCAGGGACUGGUCAACUUCAACAGCUACCUGCUGGACCUGCUGUCAGGAACGGGCUUCAUGGAGCUGUCCUCCCUGUUCUACGGAUACUAUCAGAACUCCGAGGUGGGCAUCUCCUCUCAGUUCUCCUACAACGUGCCCCUGGCUUACCUGCUCACCUGCCUCUUCUACAUCCUGCUCAGCCUCACCUGGAUCGUGCUGAGGUCUGGCUCUGGGUUCAAGCUCGCCGUGGUCACUGGGGACGGAGAUCUGAGCAGCUACAGCAUGACUGUGUUCUGUGGGUGGGACUUCGGACUGGAAGGGAAACAGGCAGCGAGGCUCAAACAAAACAGCAUUCGCUAUGAGCUGCAGAUGGAGCUGGAGGAAGAUGCUCUGCGCAGGAACGCAGCCUCUCGCACCCUGGCUCAGAGAGUCGGUCUCUACACAUUGAGAGGACUCCUCAACCUGUUAGUGGUGGGGCUCAUCCUGGCUGCCUUCUACUGCAUCUACAGAGCGUCUCAACAGUCUUCCAUACUGCAGGAAGACCCCUCCGUGAAGAACACCUUCUUCCUGCUGUUGCUGGUUCAGUACCUCCCCUCCAUCGUCAUCACAGCCGCCAACUUUUUGGUUCCCACCCUCUGUGACAUCAUCAUCCUCUUCGAGCGCUACUCCAUGACCACGCAGAUCAAACUGACCCUGAUCAGGUCUGUGUUUUUGAAGCUCGCCAGUUUGGGGGUGCUCCUCUUUUCUCUCUGGCAUCAGAUCACCUGCGACGGGGAACCCCAUAAAUCAGCCUGCACAUCCUGUGAAUACAACUACGCUCAGUACCCGUGCUGGGAGACUCGGGUUGGACAGGAGAUGUACAAGCUGAUGAUUUUCGACUUCAUCACAGGCGUGGUGGUCAUGUUGCUGAUACAGUUCCCUCGCAGGAUGCUGGUUGAUCACUGCUCCUGCAAGCCCCUGCAGCUCUGGGGUCGUCAGGAGUUCGAGGUCCCUGACAACGUGUUGGGUCUGGUGUACGCACAGACGGUGGUGUGGACUGGAGCUUUCUUCUGCCCCCUCCUUCCUCUCAUCAACACAGUCAAGUUCAUACUGCUCUUUUACUUCAAGAAGCUGACGUUGUUCCAGAACUGCCGUCCCGCGAGCCGGACGUUUCGCUCCUCCACCUCAAACUUCUUCUUCCUGCUGGUCCUGCUGCUGGGGCUGGGGCUGGCCUGCGUACCCCUGGGGUACAGCGUGGCUCUGAUUCACCCCUCGUUUGGCUGCGGUCCGUUUCGCUCCCUCACACACAUGUGGGAUGUUGUCCCCCAGUCCUUGACCUCACUUCCUGUGACGGCACAAUCCUUCUUCAACUUCCUGGGGUCUCAGGCUUUCGCCGUGCCACUCUUCCUGCUGAGCUGCCUGGUGUUCUCCUACAUGGCAGCCAUGGCAUCAGUGUACAGUAACAACGUGGCUCAGCUCAAAGCUCAGCUCAAACUGGAGGGCCAUGACAAGCAGUUUUUGGUGAAGCGGAUUUUGGAGCUGACCCCAGCCAAUCAGAAGAAGUCUGCGGGUCCUUCAGGCAGCGUGAUAGACGCCUCUGAGACCAGGCAACUCUGGGAAUGAGGGGGUGCUGUUUGAACAAUUCAGUAUGACUGUGAUAGAAUUACAUUGUAGUUGAGGAACAAGACUAUAGUGACUAGAAUUACAAUCCAAAUGCACUUUAAUAUCACUAGACUGGGCUGGAAUUACAUUGUAACUGCAGUUUAAUAUCACUAGACUGGACUGGAAUUACAUUG